AGAGAAGGAGUUUGGCGUUGCACAUAUAAUAGAGGGGCGAGAGGGCGCGGCUUGUCCAGACGUUCUCUGUCCCGCCGACGACGAUCAUGUCGAGAAAGUUAAUAUUCCUACUUGGAUUCGUUUAUCUCUUUUCCGUUGCUGCCGUGAACGGACAAGAUGAUGAGGGCGAUGGACUUGAUGCAAAUGCCGAAGAAUUGUGCGCAGACAGACCUGGUGAUGAGUACUUCCGGUUAAACACUGAAGGUGAUUGUCGAGAUGUUGUAAGGUGUGACAAAGCAACGGAAAUUGGGGUAACGAGAUUGGCAACGGUUCGGUGUCCGACCGGACUGGCUUUCGACAUCGAGAGGCAAACCUGCGACUGGAAGACAAACGUCAAAAAUUGUGAUCAGCUCGAGAAGCCCCGAAAGGUUUUGCCGAAAUUGAAGACGGACGAGCCAAUUUGCGACGAGGGCAAAUUAUCCUGCGGUAAUGACGAAUGCAUCGAAAAAGAAUUGUUCUGCAAUGGUAAACCCGACUGUAAGGACGAAUCCGACGAGAAUGCCUGCACUGUGGAGACUGAUCCGAACCGUGCACCGGACUGUGAUCCGACUCAGUGCGUACUACCCGAUUGUUAUUGCUCGGCCGAUGGUACCCGGAUUCCUGGCAACAUAGAUCCUCAACAAGUGCCGCAAAUGAUAACGAUUACGUUCAACGGUGCGGUCAACAUAGACAACAUAGAUCUUUACGAAGAGAUAUUCAACGGUCAACGACAAAAUCCAAAUGGUUGUCAAAUUCGAGGUACCUUCUUCGUGUCUCACAAAUAUACGAAUUAUUCGGCGGUGCAGGAUCUUCACAGGAAAGGCCACGAGAUCGCGGUGUUCUCAUUAACCCACAAGGACGAUCCGCAAUACUGGACUCAAGGAACUUACGACGAUUGGUUGGCCGAAAUGGCGGGUGCUCGGUUGAUCAUUGAACGUUUCGCCAAUAUCACCGACGGUUCGAUAAUCGGUAACCGCGCUCCCUAUCUUCGCGUCGGUGGUAACAAACAAUUCGAAAUGAUGGCCGAUCAAUUCUUCGUCUACGAUGCCUCCAUCACCGCUUCCCUCGGUAGGGUACCGAUAUGGCCGUACACCCUUUACUUCCGCAUGCCACACAAGUGUAAUGGCAACGGUGGAAAUUGUCCCUCGAGAUCUCAUCCCGUCUGGGAAAUGGUGAUGAACGAGCUUGACCGUCGGGAUGAUCCAACAUUCGACGAAUCCCUUCCCGGUUGUCACAUGGUUGACUCCUGUUCGAACAUCCAGAGUGGUGAACAAUUUGGUCGCCUCCUCAGGCACAAUUUCAAUCGUCACUUCAAUACCAACAGAGCACCCUUGGGUCUUCAUUUCCACGCUUCGUGGCUCAAGAGCAAGAAGGAAUACAAGGACGAACUCAUCAAGUUCAUCGAAGAGAUGUUGGUCCGCACCGAUGUAUACUUUGUCACGAUGGUCCAGGUAAUCAAGUGGAUGCAGACGCCCACGGAGCUCUCUGCUCUUCGUGACUUCCAGGACUGGAAAGAGACUUGCGACGAAAAGGGUCUGCCGUACUGUUCUCUACCGAACGCGUGCCCGUUGACGACACGCGAGCUUCCGGGUGAGACGCUUCGACUCUUCACGUGUAUGGAGUGCCCGAAUAAUUACCCAUGGCUGUUGGAUCCAACCGGUGAUGGUUUUUCGGCCAACAAAAAAUGAGAAUUUUCGUUUCAAAGGCGAGAAAUAAAUUCAUCAAACUAAUCAAACGGAGGGGCCUUCCGUUGACAACUGACAAAAGUACACAAAAAACAGCUUCUAUAAGCAAAUAUUCUCUAUAUAUAUGGACAGAAAUUCAAUGAGAGGCCUGUUCGUUUCAUGUUUUGAACAUAUUCUCGAACGGGAAAAGUGGGGAGACAAAUAUAUAAUUCUCAAAAACCCCGCGCUUGUACAUAUUUUGAAACCCGAACGAGGAAAAAAAGGAAUAUGUCUUCAGUGACAAAACCCGCCGAGACUAAGUCGGAGGACCCUGAAUGGCGAUAAGGGUCGUGUUAAAAACAUCGAGUCUCAUGGAGGCCUAAGAAAUGAGCUAAUCAGUGUGUGCCUUUGGUUCUCGUAGACUGUGUUUUCCUUAUUCAAAAUCAAGACACGAAGAAACUAAAACGUUUUUUACUCUUGAAUUCGGGCCUGGUGACUUAAAAAAUAUAGUUACUUUUUCCGUCGUACCGAUCCUUUACCGUUUAGCGACUAAGCAAAGACUUCACCUGUCUUUAUUGUAUUGAAUUCUUUAUUAACUGAUUGAAAUAUAUUUCGGAUGAAACCGAUUGGGAAGCUUAA